AUGCCAGGCGCACGACAAGGCAACCGCCGCAAAGACAGAGACACCUUCGACUCUAAACCCCUCCAAAAAACCCGCCAACCCGCACGACAAGAAAAAGAAAAAGAAAAGCCAGAACGCACCCCUGCCACCAAACCAACCCCCCAAAAAGAAGAUACAGAUUCCGGUCCAAUCAAUCUAUCCACCACGAUCCCAAUCCCCCUCCAACAACUCCUCUUAGACGUCUUCAAGCAAGCGCUUCUCACCAGCCCCGCCCCGCAAACAGAUGCAGUAUCAGAUGCAGAUGCACCUGCCAAUGGCGAACCUGUCACACUGGAUACUAAGACGCUUAUUCAGACGAUCAAGGCACAUCUGUACCAGCGGGACUUUGACUCUGCGUUUGCGGAGGCGGGCGAAGAAUUGCUUAGAGCUUAUGCGUUAAGGUGGAGUGCGGCGAGGGCGUUGGGGUAUGCGGGGAUUUUUAAGGCUGUCCUUAGGUGGAUGGAAUCUGAGAAAGAAGGAAAAAGUGAUUCAUCUCAUGGCUCGACGAGAGUGGUGUGUAUUGGUGGAGGUGGUGGGGCGGAGAUUGUUGCUCUUGCGGCGGCGUGGAGGGAUUUAGGUGGUAAUGGUGAUGAUGGUGUUGCGGCGUUGGGGGAGGGUGUUGAGGGGUUUUCUUUGGAUGAUAAGGAGAAGGAGAAGGGUGAUACUGAAAAGACGACGUCUACAUCACCGAGACUUACUGUCGAAGCGGUUGAUAUUGCGGAUUGGUCUAUUGUCGCGGACCGGUUAUCCAAGACCAUUGCAUCACCGGAUGUCCCAACCCAAAAGUCAUCAAGAUACCAGCCACCCCUCCUCCCCAACACUCAAGACAAACCGGGUCUCGAAGUAUCCUUCACUCGAAAGGACGUCCUCGGCCUCCCAGAACCCGAUCUCAAAGAUCUCAUCCUAGGCCCCUCCCCAUCAACAACCCCAUCAAUGUCUCCACCACCCCUGCUCGUCACCCUAAUGUUCACCCUAAAUGAACUCUUCACAACCAGCAUGCCCAAAACAACCGGUCUCCUCCUGAACAUAACAGAACUCCUCCCUCGGGGCGCAGUCCUACUCGUCGUCGACAGUCCAGGAAGCUACUCCACCCUGAAACUGGGUAAAGCGAAAGAUGGAGGGGAGGCGCAGGAACGGCAGUAUCCGAUGAAGUUCUUGUUGGAUCAUACGUUGCUUUCUGUGGCGAAGGGGAAGUGGGAGAGGGUUCUCACGCAGGACUCGAGGUGGUGGAGGAGGGAGGCGAGUAGGUUGAGGUAUGAGGUUGGGGAGGGGGCGGGGUUGGAGGAUAUGAGGUAUCAGGUUCAUGUUUAUCGGAGGUUGUAG